AUGUAGAGUUAAAAAAUGGAUUUGCAAUCAACCAAGGAGGAUGUAUCAAUUGAGAAUGUUGAAUUUAAAUAUUGUUCUAGCUUUGUUGGAGGUGCUCUUUAUGUUUCGAACUAGUCUGUAUUAAGUGAGCUCAAAAAAAUAAGAUUUAUUGAAAACAAAGCAUAAUUGUAUGGAGAUAAUUAUAGCUUUUAAAUUUAGGAUAUUAUAUUAACAAAGAUAUAUGAAUACAAUCCUUAGUUCUAAUCAACUAAUUUGUUUUUGUUUGAAUUAACUAACCCUAUUCAGUUAAAAAGAGGUCUUAGUUAUAUAAUCACUCUUGAGAUUAAAAUAAAUGAUUAAUACUAUCCACAAACGAAUUAAAGAAUUGAAUCCUUAAAUAUGUAUCCAUACUUAAAAGAUAACUCUAACUUCUAAGUCAGUUCAGAUAUAAACAUUUAAUCACCUUAUUUAUAUUAUUACUAAGAUUUACUAUACAGGAAAGACAAUUUUGAUAUUGAGAUUUAAAUCAUGGAUUAUAAAUAUAAAGCAAUAUGUAAUUUUAAAUAUUAAAUUUAAGAAGAUUGCCCAUAAGAUAUGGAAAAGGUCAUCAUCAACUAGAAAUAUAUUGAUUCAAAUUCUAAGAGAAGUUAUUGCAAGUAAUGUGAUUAUCAGUAUUAUUCACUUUGCUAUGCUAAUUAUUCUCAGAUAAGAGAAGGCUAUUGGAGAAAAUCGUAUUCAUUAUAAAAUAAUGAAGUAGUUGCUUGCUCAUUUUCACCUUAAAGCUGCACUGGUGGUUACGAAAUAGAAAACAAAUUAUGCUACGAAGGUCAUAUUGGGCCUUAGUGCCUAAAUUGUGAUAUAAAAGGAGAAUAUUGGAAUGAUUCAUAUUCUCUUUAUGGUAAUUUUUAAUGUACUAAGUGCAGCUAAAUAUAAAAAAAUACCAUAAAAGUGUUUUUUACAUCUUUAAAAUCUAACUUCUACAUAUGCGAAGAUCCUGCUCUUUAAUUUUUAGAUUUAUUAAAUUUCAAACGGAUUAACAAAAAUAAACGUUUUUAAUUCAAUUAAAAAUACAUCGAUUGUAUUUGUUGA